AUGAACCAUCCUGCCUUACUAAAAUGGGAUAAUAACUUCCAUUUUAUUUACUCACAAUGUGAAACCAUUCGCUACUACCUUCCCACAAUUCUUUCUCCUCUCUCCCUGUGUAGCAUCGCCAUACACCCCCGAAAAGACAUCCUGGUCUCCUGCGGUGAGGACCAUGUCUGGAAGUUGGUGGGGCUCCCCAAAGGCAACGUGCUUGUAACAGGAUUCGGCCACACUGGCUGGCUUUCCAGCGGCUGCUUCCAUCCCAGUGGCAACAAGUUGGCUACUUCCAGUGGUGACACUACAGUGAAAUUAUGGGACCUGUCUGAAGGCAAUUGCAUUUUGACCUUCGAAGGACACAGCCACGCAGUAUGGUCAUGCACAUGGCACUCCUGUGGUGACUUUGUAGCAUCUUCCUCACUGGAUACCACGAGUAAAAUCUGGGAUGUUAAUAGUGAAAGAUGCAGAUGUACUUUGUAUGGACAUACAGACUCCGUGAACAGCAUUGAGUUUUUCCCUUACUCCAACACUCUUCUCACAGGUUCUGCAGAUAAGUCCCUGUCUGUAUGGGAUGCAAGAACAGGUAAUUGCGAGCAGACACUUUAUGGUCACAUGCAUUCUAUCAAUGAUGCCACCUUCACUCCUAGGGGUCACAUAAUAGCAUCCUGUGAUUCCUGUGGAGUUACAAAACUGUGGGACUUUCGGAAACUUUUACCAGUUGUGUCCAUUGAUUCAGGUCCAAGUCCUGGAAAUGAGGUGAACUUUGAUUCAUCAGGUAGGAAUUUUUGUUUGUUUAAUGUUUGUGACCAGUCUAACACCUUUGAUAUUUGUUCUGAAACUAUUUUCUGUUUCCACUUUUGUUUUUUGGUGUUUUCUCCUAUGUAA